UAGUUUAUCAGCAGAUCAGCAGUUGUUUGUUUAUUCAGGGCGGACCCUCUCUUUUCUGCAGGGAUUCAGGGAUCGUUUCUUUUAACAUUCACUGCACAACAUUGCAUCAAAAUGGAAGCAUGAAGUAUUAAGAGGUGCAAUUCAGUUGCAUCGCUUUUAUUACCCUGCACGUCUGCGGCUUCUGGGCAAGGAUGAGGGAUCAUCAAGCCAUUGACAGCUGGCUCCUGAAAGAGUUAAAGGCAUGUUGUGCAAAAGAGUACAACUUCCUUCCCAGAGAGGCUGGACUGAAGCUGAUGGAGUCGGCUUCCACAGAGAAUCACAGUGGAGUGUCUGAAAAAGGAAGAAACACCAGAGUGGAAGAACUGUGGGGCCUGACCAGUUUCUUUGGAUACAGCGCUCAAACGUUUGUGCAAGCUGUCAAUUUGCUUGAUAGAUUCCUCACCACUAUGAAGGUGCAGCCCAAACACUUGCCCUGCAUUGGAGUCUGCUGCCUUCACAUUGCAGCAAAAAUGGUCGAGGAAGAAAGCAAUGUCUCACCCACCCAUGAACUCAUUCGCAUCAGUCAAAGCAAGUUCACGGUGUCUGACCUGUGUCGUAUGGAGAAGAUCAUCUCAGAGAAGCUGAGCGUGGAGCCCGAGGCAGUGACAGCUAUAACCUUUCUGCACCUCUACUACCCAGCCUUUACAUCCCUCUCAGCUGGAAGGGAGGAGAUCCCAAGCAUUGGGAGACUGGAAGCCCAGCUAAAAGCCUGCUUAUGCCGGCUUGUUUUCUCUAAAGCAAAACCAUCAGUGCUGGCGCUGUCCCUCAUUGCUCAAGAGUUCGAAGGCCUCCAGUCCAUCGCCUUGUUGAAGAUUGUACAGCAAUUCCAAAGACACCUAAAGAUCAGUGAAGGCGAGCUUCUCCACUGGAAGGAACUUGUGGCAAAAUGCAUGACUGAAUACCGCUCAAGUGAAUGUAACAAACCAGACAACAAAAAGCUUGUUUGGAUCGUUUCGAGGAGGACGGCUCAGAAUCUUCAAGCCAAUCACUUCUCCGUGCCCGGGCUGCCAACGAUUCCCGAGGGGAGCUGGGACGAGAGUGAAAGCGAGGACUCUUGUGAGGACAUGAGCUGUGGAGAAGACAGCCCAUGCGGCUCGCCAGGAAGUGACGGCGAAGGAGCCUUCUUCUCCUCUGCCUUUCUCAACCGCCAAAAGUGACGAGUCCUCAUUGUGAAGUAGUCAGAAGUGUGUUUGUUCCCUGAACUGUAUCUGAUUUAAGGUGGUCCUCAUGUUUCUGAGUAAACCCGUGUUUCACUCGUCAUACCACCAAAGGUACGACAAGUGACAUGUUUCAAUCAAGUGCCUGUGUUGAUUCAGUUAACUGUCGUGUUUUUUUAUGUUAUAAAAAAACAUAUCGUAUUAAUGCAAAAUGGAAAAUUGCAAUAUCUUGGCAGCUUGAUGGUAAUCUGAAUGUCUUUUUCCGAGAUGUUCUCUUUUGUGUUUGUUUGUGUCCAAGCUGGGCAUACUCCAGGAAAAGCAGUGAAGCACAACGGAGAAAUAGUGUAUCAGUCAUGAGGUACACUCACUAUUGAAUACCAGCUAACACACUAACACAUUCUCAUAAAAAUAUUCAAACCCGUUUUUAUAAUCAUUACUUUAAAAAUACACAGUAUUCUGCAAGUGUAUGUUAUGUACACAAUCCUAAUGUGGCAAAUAGACCUUUGUAGUGUGAAAAUACCAGACUGUAUAUGCAUGGAAUCAUAGAAUAUCUGAUUAUGAAUGGAUGUUUAAAAAAAUGUAUAUAUCAUGUAAAAAAAGAAGGAAAAAAUUGUAUGUUUUGUGAAUGCUACAUUAUGAAUGUUGUAUUUGAUUACGUGUGAGUGUGUUGGAAGGUUCAGAAACAAUACUUCCAAAUAAAAAAAGCUUUGUAUACAU